GAUGUUUUCGAUUACGAUUGCACGUUCGACGUACAUGCCGUUCCAGGAGAAGUCCGCAAUGGAACCACUCCUGCCCCUGGCCAGCCAGGCGCCUCAGGACGUUUCCGAUACGGCAUCAACAUCGCCAAGAAUCUCAUCUGCUACAACAUUGAGCUCUACGGUGUAACCGGCAACUACAGCUCCCCAGCUCUUACCGCAACCCAUAUCCACGAGGCCGCCCGUGGUGCCUCCGGCCCACCACGCAUCGCCUUCCCUAACCCAACUGGCCCAGAUGAGAAGCGUGUCUCAGUUGGCUGUAUGCAGGGUCCCUUCAGGACCGGCGUCUUGGCGCCUCCUAUGACUGGCACCGACACUGGCUCUGCCUCUGGCUUCCAGCUCGCGAAGAUCUGCCAGAACCCAUCUGGUUUCUUCACUGAUACUCACACCUCGACCUUCACGCUCGGUGCUGUUCGCGGCCAGCUC